CAAUCCCGGUCUCCAGAUGACCAGAUCCAUGCACGGAUUCUGCGGCAGAAAAACGGAGUACCGAAGAUCGAGAGUUUGACCACCCGAGAUCGGCCCUCGCGCACCGCCUAGCGGGGUACCUCCACUUCGCCGCCGCCAGCACGGAGAGAGGUCAGAAGAGCAAUUUCCACGGCGUACGAGAGGCCAAGGCCAUGGCGCAGAGUGCCUACGGACGCCUGGCGAACAAGCUGAUCGACGCCGAAGUCAACCGCGUGCUCGGCAUCAGCAGGCGCGACGGGGCGUGCGCGGCGCGGCCGCACGCGAAGCGCGUCGCGGAGCGGUUCCCUGGAUCGGCGCGCGCGCGGCUCCUCGAGGCGUACGUGGAUCUGGAGUUCGUCCGUGGCCUGGACGCGGCCAUCGACAAGAGGGCUUGCCUGCACCGCCCCCUCGGCUUCGCGGACCGCGCGGCGCAGAGCUUCCCCAACUCGGCCGUGAUCGCGGCCUUCCGCGCCAGGCUCCUCUUCGUCCUGGGCGAGCACGACGCCGCGGAGCGCGAGUGCAGGCGCGCGAUCGCACUGGAGAAUCCUCGUGACCCGGGAGAUGACUGCGUUCCUCCCGGAUCCAUCAGCGCGCCGGAUGUUAACGCGAGGCUAGUCUUGCUCUCCUGGCAGUUUCGUGGUUUGGUACUUAAGAUCUUGGGGUCAGCUGAAGAUUACUGGGAGAAUUGUAUGACCGCUGAGAGGCGCAGGGACUUCAUGUCCGUGAGGCUUGAUACUCUACAGGAGGAAUACAACAUGGUCGACCAGUCACCUGCUGCAUUCACUGUAACUAGUGCGCUAAGCUUUCUAGAGGAACACAAAACUUGGAGGUUCUGGCUUUGCCCCUUGUGCAAUGCUGCCAGGAAGUAUUUGGACACUGAUUCGCUUCUGGAUCACAUGUGCAGCGAGCACCCAAGGAAAGUCCCGCCGAGACUACAGUCAAUUGUAGAACCAAUACUCCGACUAGAGCGUGAUGAUUCUUUUGUUGGGGUAACUUUUUGUCAAGAUUCAGACCGGCAUGCCAUCAUGCGCUUGGAACCGAGGAGUAAUGUAUUCAAAUGGCUGCUUUGUGGACCUAAUAGAAGGAUACCAGAUCCGAAGCCAUUUGCUGAAAGGACAAAAGAGAAAUGCAGGACAGGAACUAUGCUUCUUGAGAUCAUCAACAAUAAGUUGACGAUUUUGCCUGCAGAUAAAUCUACCGCCGAGUUUGAGAAGGUUCUCUUUGAAAUCCAGGAGAAGUGGUUUAACUUUGUCCAACGUACUGCUUUGGAUUAUCGACAAAUCCUCCUGAUACUUGCGAGAUCAUUCCUAUGGAGAGAAUUGAAGAAAUGCAUGGGCAAUGACCCAAAAGUUACUACUAAGAGGAUCAGUGCUGCUGAUAUUGAUGCAAUAUUUGCUAAUGUUACUGAAGAUUCUGGCAUCACUUCUGCUGAGGAACAAACAUGAAAAAAUGAUCAUAAAAGUCGAGACGAAGAAAAAACAUAACUCCACAAGUAGGUUUGGCCCCGUCUAUGGACUUGGUCCAAGGCCAGCUUUCAUAUCCCAGAUCAGUCCUUCCAGAGUACUGAAGUCUGGUGGAUCUCGGCAAGGAAGCUGGCUCCUAAGCAGCUUCGGAAAGAUUUUGACACUUCGCUAUCCUGGCCCAUUGGAGAAUUUGGAAGGGAACGUAAUGCUAGAGUCUUCCAUCAGGAAGCUACCUCGUCUGAUAGUUGCUCAUCAUUGAUGAUCUUCAAGUUUGGAGGGCCGCAGGCCGUGUUGUGGCUUUUUAGGAGACUUUCUUCUGCCCUAAAAAAAAUGACUUUCUUCUCUCUUGUUUUUACUCUGAACUAUAGCUAGCUUCUUGAGAGGUAGAGAAUCUUUUUCUCGCCUGAGAUCUGCUUUUCCUUGUAAUCCUGUAUCUUUCUUUUCUCUCUUAUAACUUCUAUGAUUUUUGUUAUGUAUUAAGUGUCGCAACUCUAUCUAGAUAGGCAUGUACUCACACACU